AUGCCUUCCAAAGCCUCACGUAAGCGGGCUUUUGAGGACAUAUUGCCCAAUGCCACGCUGGCCAGUGGCUUGGUCGAUUCUGCAAAGUUGCCGCCGGCGAAGAAAGUGAAGAAGGGAAAGAAAGCGAUUCAGUGGACUGCCGUACCAUUGUCUACUCCCCAAAACUCCGGGCAGACUUCCACCCAAACCACAGGCGAAGGGUUGCCGGGUCAGCUGUUGGCGCAGCACGAUGCGGUCGGAACAUGUAGUCCUCGAGCUUCUGCAUCAGUGCGAACGAUUGCCACCGAGCGGCGGAUGGCACACAAACGACAGCCGGACUUACCAAGGGAGCUUCGGGAGCUGCGGAAUGAGCUUCGUGAGUUGAAGACGCAACUCGACAGGAAUCGACUUGACAGCCUUCUGAAGUUCGAAUGCAAGGACAAGGAAACCGCACAGCUGAAAGAGAAGUUGGCGAAGCACGUAUACCACCUUCUGAAAGCUUAUGAGUACGUCCUUGGUUAUGCAGAAGAUGCGCAUGAAUGUGAAGAGAAGGAUACACAGGUGCGCCAUGCCAGAUUCCUCGUGGACAAGGAGACGAGCAUCAAAAAGACGCUGGUGAAUGAGCUUGCGAAGGAGAAGGAGGCGACGAGGCUGGCCAAGGCCGAUGUCCAGUUCUACCGUGACGAGACCGAGCAUAGCACAACUCUAGUCCGGAUGCUCGAGGAGGAUCUCAGCGAGCUACGGCGGCUGGAAAACACGGAAAGGCAGAUCAGGGAGCAACGUCUGGAUCGUAAGAACUCGCUCCCGCCCGUCUACGGAAGCCUUGACGACGACGAUCGCAUACCACUCGGUGUAAAAGUACAAGAAGCCAAGGACAGUGGAGCGCUCGAAGUUGCAGCGUUCAAGCGGACCAUACGAUACGCAUUUAACCAGAAGCUGCAACGGGCGUUGCGAGAGUGGCGCCAUGCGGUCCGAAAAGGAUCACACCUUCAGUCCAUAAGCGACAGGGCACUGGUCGUGAAGCUCAGUAAAGCACUUGGGCAAGCAAGUCGCAACAUUGACGCAUUAAUGGAUCGCUGCAAUGACUUCAAUGACGAGACUUCACUGUCCUCCAAUGGCUCAGAACGCGCAAGCGCAAACAAAAGCAGUCUCGUCCAUUUGCGCCGUCGGGCAAGGCAGGAAUACGUUCACGAUCGGAGCGCCAGGUUGAUUUUCGAUCUCAUCAGCCGGGUCCUGGCCGCACUAAAUCUAUAUCCCAUGGAAUGCAUUCUGACGCCGGACGACGCUGCCGAGACGCUUCUGAACUGGUCAGCGGCAGACGCUGCACUUCUAAAAGCACUGAGAGUGGUAGUCACUACAACGAAAAGUACAGGAGACGGCACGGAUCGGUUGCUCCUGAUACAAUACUACACCACACACGUCAAUAUGCUUGGGCAACAGUACCGGCAAUGCUGGAUUAAGUGCGGCGUGCCACCACCCGAUCAUGAUCCGGCCAGCACUAUGCUUGGAAGCACGACUACCUGGUUAGUUGAGCUUUUCGAGACGGAGCGAAUGAUGGCUGCCGGCGCCACUGAUGCACAUGACUCCUUGAACGAGUUGGGCAUGGUCACUGGCAACUCAAGUCAAGCGGCUCGGACUGAAGUGGAUCAUACAGCAGGAGCAGCGCUGCGGAUAGAUAGUCUGGGGCCUCGGCCUCGCACGCCGGACGGCCAUGUUACUACUUCGAUGAGACGAAGGAAUUCUUUGACGCCGAGUGCUACCACGACGACGCAGCCACUCAGUAUAACACAGGCAUUGGCCAGACAAACCGAGCUCGCUGAAACCUACGGCCAGGUUGUGAACGGUCUCACAGCUUUUACUCAAGCAGCGCAAGCAGCCCGUCCCGCUAAUACGAUACACGCACCGGCGAGGCCCAUGGAACCACCAAGCUUUGAGCGGCUCGUGAAUGAUUUCGAGGCGCUCGUCCAAACAGCGCAGCGUUCUUCUUUGCAGGCCCGAAGAAUAGGAGAAGCGCCUCCUCCAUAUCGUAGUAAUGUGCUCACAGAGAACGCGGAGGGAGAGAACGGAGAUAGCGAAAGUGUGGACGACAGCGACGUUGCUGAAGACAGUGAGGACGGAAUGUCGAGCGAGCUGUCAAUUGGAGAUGUUAGUGAUCCAAACGAUAGUGACUACGUGCCGUAA